UCCCUGCUCCCUGGCGCCUCAGGUGGGGGCGAUGUGGGAACAUGGCUGGCGCCUCAGCAGGGCUGCAGCGCGGGGGAGGGGGCUGUUUCGGCCGGAGUUGGCUCAUCCCGCCCGCAGUAGCGGCUGAGGAGCGCCGUGUGUCCCCGCCGCGCCCGCGGGAACCCUGGGCAGCCCCUUCGGCGGGAGCGCCCCGGCGGUCGCGGCCGUGCUGGGGCUGCCGUCAGCGCAGCUUCCAGGGGGAAAUCCGCCUCCAGCGUGUCGGCUCCUCGACGCCUGAAGCCUCUGAGGCGGCUCUGCCUCCUCCGCACGCCUGCUCGGAAGCCUCCGGCGGGAAGCACGGAGCGCGGCUCCCACUGGGAAUGCACAAUAGGCAGAGUCGAUCCUGCUGGCGUCUGGCAAGGGGCCGUAUCACAGGGCCCGGCCCUCGGCAGGCGGGGAAACUCACUGGUCCGGAGCUCUGCUCAUUCUCUUUUUAUUUCUCAUCCCUCCUCAGGUGUGUCUCCCUGCUGAGGCAUCUCACUUCUGCCGUAAUAGAAGUUCAGGAGCCAGUAGGAAAAGGAAUUUAUUUCAGCUUUCAAAUAAUCAGUGAGCUGUUUGGAAAAAUGUGCCAGUAUGCAGUGCUGCCAGUGCCUAUUAGAUACCAUGCACACCUGGCUGUGAGAAACCUGCAGAAAGUGAAAGUGACGUCUCAGAGAAGGAAGCUGAAGGAACCUCCCUGCAUUUCAAGAAGUAGUGCAGAGGAUUGA